GUAGCCACCUGACCGGUGUGAGAGCAGGAUCACGUGGGGUUCGUCGUCCGCCUUCUCGACACGUGAACUUCGACAUAUAUUGUCCUGGUGGUUAAAAUAGUUAUUCAUGCGAAGAUUUGGAUUAAUAUGGAUUGACUUAUCAGGGAAGUUUGUGUUAGAAUGAUUAAAAAGUUGAAAAUGUUUCAAUAAAUGUGGACAUGUCUAACACUUAAGAUAAAGUUAGCAAUACAGAAAUGACCAGAAAUCUAACGUUAGAAUCGACAAAUAAACUUUGUUAUUGUUAAAACCUGGACAUUUUAGCAAUGGAAUCCCGCAGAAACUUAUUAAAUAAAGUGACUUCCACGAUAAGAUUUUGUUAAAGAAUUGCCCAGCGGCUUAUGUUAACGGGUGUUAAAUAUCGCCAUGUUAAUAAUGAAACAUUUUUAAAAGACGUUAGGAUUCACGUGGCUGUGAAAAGAGAAGGUUUGUUUUGUAAAAACAGUGAAAUGAACUUACUGAAAUUACCGUAAACAUUUCAGACUUGUAUAAGCAUCAAGAGGCAGUUAAAAAACAUCGAAAAAACAUCUAUUACAGUUUUCUAAUGUUAAAGGAUGUUCGAAAAUAAGGAGAUGCUAAUGUUGGCGAUGUUUGAUGGAAAUUUCGAAUACUUGUUUUCAAUUUACAGCAAUUAAUGAGCUCUUGGAACAUCAAAACAUCAGCGGGUGAUGUAUGGUAACAUCCCUCAGAUGUGAUGAUGUGAAAAUGAAUAUAUUUCGAUGAGGAAGUUUUAAAAACUCGAAAAAAUCUAAAAAAAAAAAAGAUUGAAAAAAAACUCCGCUUCAAAACCGAAUAUUACAAACAUCCCACUUACGUAAAAGUCAGGAAAUGAUGUUAGCAACGUUGGGUAACAUCGUCUAGAGAAAAAAAAAAAGAUAUAGGAAGUUUUUUGUGUAUAUUCAAUUAUUUCAUCUUUGUCAAGCUAAGAUAAAGAAAACAUGACAGACAAGAAGGUUUUGUUUCUUCUCAUCCUCUUUCGCCUCUUGGAAGUCAGCGUUGGAGCCAAAGAGGAAAUAAAUGGAUUGGAGAACAGUCCACUGACGGAGGCGUGGGCUGUGGUGGGUGGUCACGUCCUUCUUCCCUGCAACAUGGACCCGCCCGUAGCGAACGACUCCACGCACCUCGUCCUUUUUUACUACGGGGAUGCCGGGACGCCCAUAUACAGCCUGGAUGCCAGGGGAAACAGGCUGGACUCGGCUACUCACUGGGCUGACAUCAGCUUCGUCAGCAGAGCUUUCAUCAGCACUGACCCAGGUCAGCGAGGUCUCCUGCUGGAAAAGGUUAGCAUGAAGGAUCAAGGUCACUACAGAUGUCGCGUGGACUUCCUGGAGAGUCCUACGAGGAAUUCUAGGAUCAAGCUCACUGUCGUUGUUCCUCCAACACGAAUUCAGAUCAUCAGCAACCUCGACCCAGGCCAAGAUCUCCAGGGCAUGGUUGGACCCUAUACCCUGGGCACAGAGGUCAUCUACACUUGCCGGGUCACGGGAGGCUCACCUAGACCCGUUGUCUCCUGGUGGGACGGAGACAUCCUACUGGAUAACAUCAGCGAGGUCAACAAAGGUCAGCUGACCAGCAACGAGAUGUACCAGCCCUCCCUGACCCGUUACGACUUCAACAGGACCUUGACCUGCCUCGCCUCCAACUCGGAACUGGUCAAACCGCUGAUGGCUUCGAUCACGAUCGAUAUGACCUAUGCCCCCACAGAGGUCGUGCUGGAACAAGGGUCACCAGCGGUCACAAUGAAACAGGGCAUGUCCCGAAGGAUAUCUUGCGAGGUCAGGGGGUCACGACCCCCGGCUAAGGUCAUCUGGAAGAUGGGGGAGCGAAGACUCUACAAGACAGGCUGGGAUAUCCAGGAGGAGGUCCUUCGCGGAGGAUCCACUCGCUCCGUCUUCGCCUACUUCCCUGACGUGAGGGAUAACGGGGAGAUCCUGGAAUGCUCGGCCUACAAUCCUCUCAUUCCCCAAGUGGUGCUGAGAAACACCACUAAAAUGGCCAUCUUGUAUAAACCUCGGAUGGAACUACAGCCAGAAUCUACCCAAGAACUAAUGGACCUUAGGGAAGGCGGUGACGUCACGCUGAGGUGUCUGGUCGACGCUAACCCAGCUGUUACUGGAGUACAGUGGUCGCACAAUGGCGUGCCAAUCCAGGGUGGGUCGGGUUACUCGGUCAAGGUCACGCAAGGUACCUUGAGCCUGAGGAGCAUAUCAAGGUACACCUCCGGUAACUACACAUGCGCAGCCGCGAAUACCGAGGGAGCGAAUACUUCCAACGUCCUGACUCUGCACGUGAAAUUUCCUCCCGUGUGUGCCCCUGGGCAGCAGACGGUAUUUGGGGCAGCGAGACACGAAUUGCUGUACGUUCCCUGUCAAGUUGCAUCGUACCCACAACCAACUUCAUUCAGAUGGGCAGUGAACACCACGUCAGACCUAGUCGAUAUAGCCCUAGGCCACUCCACGCGAACCGGCAGUGUUAGCACCUUGAGGUACACCCCUCAGACAGCCAUGGAUUUCGGGGACCUCCUCUGCUGGGGCUCUAAUGAAGUGGGUACCCAGAGGACGCCCUGCGUCUUCCGGGUGAUUCCUGCAGCCAAACCUGAAGCCGUCACGGACUGCCUCGCGGAGAGGAACGCCAGCAUGCCCUUCAACCACGUCGUCGUCGUCUGCACCGAGGGCUGGGGCGGGGGCCUGAACCAAUCCUUCACCCUGGAAGUGAGGCAACAGGCUACUGAAGAAGUGCUGGAGAAGUUCAGUCUGGCUACACAGCCUACCUUCGUCAUCACCGGGCUAAAGCUAGGAGUACCUUACCUCCUGACAAUCACAGCUGCCAAUAGUCGAGGUUCGAGCCCCCCAGUCACAGUGGCUUACACAGCACCUGAAGCCUCGGCAGAUAAAGUCAUCUCGUCCCCGGAAGAGGAGGAGGAGGUAUCCUUCACGCCCAUGGUGUUGGUCCUGGUGGGCGUCCUGCUGGGCGUGGCGACCUGCGUGGGCGUGGGCGUCUUCGUAGCCAAGAAGGGACGGUGGAGGAGGAACGCCCAGCUGAAACUGGGUGGAUAUUCCUCUUCUCUCAAAGAUCUGCAGGACGGGCAGGACUUGCCUACGAUUGUUUGUCUAAACAAAGACGACGUGAUUAGGAACGGGAAUGGGUCGCCACUUUCUCUUUACGAAAGUCCAGGAAAGCUUCUCAACAAUCUCCACCGGAGUACAAUGUCAUUGGAUAACGACAUUUACAUGAUGAGCGACCAGAUCUCCAUCUCCGACUGCAAGGCGCCCCUGGCAAGGACCGACUCCAUGGACGGGGGCGGCUCCUCCCCGGCCUCCUCCGUGAGAAUCCCCUCAGCAGCGUCCUCCUGCGUCAGGAUGGCCUAUUCCAGGCCGCCUUCCAGAGCCCCCUCUUCCAGGCCGCCUUCCAGACCGACCUCCCGCCCUUCGUCGUUCAAGUCCCGGACGUCGAUCCCGCUCAACGCUGACUACCUCCUGAGGGAGCAUCUGCACCUGCAGCAGCAGGAACAGCAGGAACAGCAGCAGCAGCUGCUGUACCACCACCAGCAGAUGCAGCAUCAGCUUCAGCAGCAUCAGCAGCAUCAGCAGCAGGAGGUUCUUCCUCCUCAGUACUUCAGGAGAGACAACAACAGCAGCCACUACCUGGCGAAGUCGUCGUACCUGCUGAGCGAGAACUACCUGCCGCCCUUAGACGGUUACCUGAUGGCGCACCACUACCUGGCCAAGAGCGACAACCUCCUGAAGGAGAGCUACCUCAAGAACGAGAUCCCGGACUACUACUACGGAGGGGUCCCUCCCCCCCACAUCCAGACCAUGGCCACCUUCCGCAGGCAGCCUAAAUCGCAACAGGCCAGGAUGAGGCAGCAGCAGCGGAACCUCCAGAUGGAGUGGAAGAGUUGCGGCGACAUGCAGCUGCUGUAGAACAGCAUUUGUCGUCGACAGCUGCUGUGAAACCGCAAUUGUCGACAGCUGCUGUGAAAUAGCUUUUGUCAGUAAUUGCGGUCAAACAGCAUUUGUCAACAACUGCUGUGAGACAGCAUUUGUAAACACCUGCUAUAAAAAUAUCAUUUGCCAACAGCUGUUUUAAAACUGCAUUUGUCAACAACUGCUGUGAACAGCAUUUGUCAACAACUGCUGUGAAACAGCAUUUGAAAACACCUGCUAUAAAAACAGCAUUUGUCAACAACUGCUGUAAAACAGCAUUUGUCAACAGCUGCUGUGAAACAGCAUUUGUAAACACCUGCUAUAAAAACAGCAUUUGUCAACCGCUGUUUUACAACUCAUUUGUCAACAACUGCUGUGAAACAGCAUUUGUAAACACCUGCUAUAAAAACAGCAUUUGUCAACAACUGCUGUAAAACAGCAUUUGUCAACAGCUGCUGUAAAACAGCAUCUGCAGCAAUGCUGGCCAAAAGCUCGGGACGAAUAGUAUUCCUAGUCGGUAGGAACUAAAUUAAAAUAAUAAUAUAGAUUUAAUGAAUAAAUGAAUAUGGCUCAGGACUAUGAAAAAUAAAACCUAUAAGACAACUGUUCGUAAACUUGACUAUUUAUAGCAAUGAAAGACAUAGUACACUAAAUAACAUUAAAGCAAUAAAGACAAUAAUAAGCAAGAGAGCAAUAAUAUAAUAAUAAAGACAACAAUGUUGAUUUAAGCGAUAUGAAUUUGACAUUUCUUUAAAAAAAAUCAACACGGAAAUAAAAUUAAAAUAAUGGCGUCUAUGUACUUAGUGGAAAAGCUUAGUGUGUCGACUAAUUAUAUACGUGAAUAUUUUAUUAAUAAUGAUGAAACGUAAUGCAGAUGAAAAGGAGAUAUGGAAAAUAGAUGAUAAAGUUGGGAAAAAUCCCACGAAAAGUGAAACUAUGAAUUAGUGAUUGUUUAGGAAAAACGAGUCACAGAGGAAUCUUUGGAAAGGCUUUUAAAAACUCACUCAGUGAUAAGAUGGAAGGACAUAAAUGACAGAGGAAAAAAAAAUACUCACUCGACUUAUGAUUUACAUUCAAAAGUGACUCUCAGGAAAUGAAGAAAAUAAUGGAUUUUUUUUUUUUUUUUUGUUAAAUAGAAAGUUAUUAUUAUUUGAAAAAUUGCGCCACAAGUCAUACUUUUAACUAGAAACUCCCUAUUAAAAAAUAAAUUAUUACAAGAAUAACUCUUCAAGAAAAACAAGAAUAAAUAUUAUUUUUAGAGGUAUUAAGUAAUAUUCUUCUAUAUUACUGAAAAUAUUCUAUAGUGCCAUAGAUGUUAAGCAAUAUAUUCUUUCAUACGUUAUCAGGUAUUUCAUUUUUAUUCGUUUAUAUUUGUACAAACAUAUAAAGAAUUUAUUUCACGUCAGUGCCGACGGGAGGGGCAACCAGAUGAUCUUAUUACGAGGAAAUGAUUUGGAUUUGAUAAGAAAUUAAGGGAGAUAGCAAAUUUGCUGAGAAAUUUUAAAUUAUUAAAGAAAAUGAUAUUUAUUCUCUUCUGUUCUCGAGUGACAUAUAUAAACUGUAAGAAUAAAGGAGAAAUUCUUUAAUAUCUUCAAGAAAGUGCAUUAUGGGUAAUAGAGCGAAACCGAAGGAAUCCAGAAACGGAGAAAAAUGAAGUAAGGUGAAUAUAAACCCUUUAUCGAAUGGCCCAGACUGGCUCCAUUGAAGGCUGGAUGAAACAAGACUGAUGGGAAAUGAUAUUAGGAAAUGGUUCUGAUCCCAAAUGAAAUGAGACGAUUUUCAAAGGUUUGUACGGAUCAGCUGACCUGAAGAGAGACACUGGGGCCUUCCAAAGCCUGGCUGAGGUGGGGAACAAACAAUUUGCUGACCCCUUGUGGGCAAAAACAAACCGGAUAAAUGAAUACUUUGUUUGUGAAUAAACACCUUUGUUUUGACGUAGAGAAUGUCCAUGAAUAUCCGUUGUUUACUUUUGAAGGGAAACUUUGCUAUUUGGUGUAAACUUAACUGGUUAUUCUUAUCUGUUACAUGGGAGAGUUCGUUAUAGGGUCAGAGUAUU